AUGAAGUUUGAUACAACAAAGUUUCAUUCCAAUGGUGGCACAUUGGCUGGAUCUAGUGUUCGUGGCACACGCUCCAAGGCGGAGCUUCAGGAGUUGAUGGAGAGCUUGCAACUUAGGAAGUCCGCUUUGGAGGCCAGCUUAAAGGCUACUGCAGACUGCGGUUACCUCACUUUGUCCCCACCUCCCAGUCCCCAAUCGGCAUCAUCCUAUCUACAGGACCGUCCACCUCUUUCUAUACGAGUCCCUUCCCCUUACACACCCUCCAGCAGCUUAAGCAUGCCACCAUCGCCCCACCACUCAGAGCGGCCCAUAAGUCCAGUCCCAAACCGUGCCCGACACCAGUCGCAGGACAACCUGUUGCUUUGCCUCCCUUCGGAAGGGCGACAUCCCAACACUGCCAACUCACUCCUUUCUAUGUGCAACGGCUCUUCUUCCUCCUACAUGACCGAUGCUCUUCCUUCAUCUCGCCGAGGUCCAAGCGGGGCGGCCAGCAUGCCCUCCAGCCCUCGCUUGGGCCGCAGAUUGCUAACAAGAAAUGGGGAGUCCACCGUUGACCCAUCACUACGCCAAAGGAAAUACUCCACCAGCUCUCUGAAUGGCCUGGGGGAACAUAGUCGUUCUUUGCCCAGGUUGUAUCGAGGAGACGCCCCAGUGCUUUCUUUGCCACCCCGACGUACCACCAAACCACGCCGCAGCCUUCCGUUCUUGGAGAAACCUCCAGAUGUGACCGUGACAGCCAACGUGACCAGCAGUUCUCACCGGGCCAGCCUCUAUUCAGUGGGCUCUGCCCCAUGUUUGGAUCUAGGUGUAGGAGAAAGGCGGCUGUCGUUUGGUAAAGGAGGCCUGGGGCCCGGCAUGGGGCCGAGGAGGGGCAGUAUCAGUUCUCUCAGUGGAAAAGAAGAACUCAGAGAUUAUCAUCAGAGACAAAGAGAUGAGAGACUACGAGAACAGGAAGUGGAAAGACUGGAACGCCAGCGUCUUGAGACUAUUCUGUGCCUGUGCUCUGAGCUGGGUCAGUCUGAACUUGGCCGAAUGGAGACCGACUCGGGUGUCUCAGCUGUAUCGGACCUGCAGAAGAUCAACCGAGAGCUGGAGAAGCUGCAUGUGUCUGAUGACGAAUCAGUGUUCUCAGACUCUGCUGCAGUGUCUCUGGACAGCGGGUUUCUGGGUAAGGGUCGUGGAGAGAUCCUGACCCAGAGACAGUGCAGACUCAGCGGACACAGGGAGACCAGGCCCCAGUCACCCACCACCAGUCUGCGGAGCUCAGUCCCCUCACCCUCUCCACACCUCCGCAGCAAGGUGUCUGAAGACAUGCAGCUGAGACAGGAAGUGACACGUAUCGAAGAGGAGAGAAUUCAGGUGCUUAACAACAUUGAGGAACUUGAACAGAAGAUCAAAGAUCUAGACACACAGAUGGACGAGUCUAUCAGAGAGAUGGAGGUGGAGAGAGCUCUUUUAGAUGGGGAGCAGGAGGCAGAAGUGGCUCAGCUACAGAGCGAUAAAGAAAUGCUGGAGCAGCUCAAUGAAAAAAUGGCCAACGUGGCGAAAAAUGCUAAAAAAAAUCAAACUCAGGACAAAGCCUUGUUGGAGGCUGAGAGAGUUAAAGUAGAGAGGCUAGCUGAGCUGAUCUCAGAGCAGAAGACCCAGUUGGACACCUGUCCUGAAGCACUGAAGGAGCAGCUCCAGAAUCAGCUAUCCAGGGACACUGAAGCUUUGGAAGCAGAAACGAAGCGUUUUGAAGAUUUUGAUUUUCAGCAGCUGGAAAAAGAGAGCCGUCAAGAUGACGAGAAGGAGACACAGAUGCAGCAUCUCCUCAGAGAGAUUGCAGAAUAUCAGAGAUCUGUCGUCACUCGCAAGGAGAGGCUACUUACCCUGAAGAAGCAAUCAACCCAGAUUACCCAGCAGGGACAACGGGAAAAGGAGAAUUUAUUGAAGGAGAAGAGCAACCUCAUUUAUAUGCUACGAAGGGAACGGGAGAACCUUGCAUCUCUGGAAUGGAAGUACUCUGAGCUGACAGGUGUUCAAGCAUUUCCUCUCAACCCUAUGUCCAUGAAGGAGCACUUUCGCUCUCUGGAGGAGAGGAUGCGGAGCAAUGGCAGUAAAGAGGGUGGGGUUCUGUUGAGUGACAGCGGGAUGUCCCGUAAAAGAGAGAGGCAGAGCCUCGGGACCUUCAACUCUGCCCUUAAUCGCAGUCUGUCUCCCAAGGUCAGACAACAGAAAUGGCACAUAGGAAAACCUCAUAUGCCACUGUCUCAAAGCUCUAGCUGUGGUAGUGUACUCCCCCUCGCUCUGUCUGUCACCUCCCGUGACCUGGACACCCGCCGCCUGCUCAAGGCAGGUCAGCUGUUUUUGAAUGACGAGAGGCAUAGAAUGAGUGAGAUGUCAAAUAGGACAGUUUCUGAGACAAACGUCUUCCUGGAGCCGUUCCACUACAUGGAUAACGGACACAACUUUGACACAAUGAGUGUGGACAGUACAGAAAGCCUGGAGACCAGCAUUUCCGCCUGUUCACCGGACAACAUCUCAAGUGCCAGCACAGCUAAUAUGGUGAAGAUAGAGGAGAUGGAGCGCCUGCUAAGAGAAGCUCAAGCUGAGAAGAACAGACUGCUGGAGCACAGGGAGCGGGAGAUGGAGUUGCGGCGACAGGCUCUUGAAGACGAGAGGAGAAGGAGGGAGGAAUUGGAGAGGAGACUGCAGGAAGAGACAAACCGACGACAGAAACUAGUAGAGAAAGAGUCUCGUCCGCUGACACGAUACCUCCCAGUGAGAAAGGAUGACUUUGACCUGAGAGGCCACAUCGAGGCGGCGGGUCACCAUCCUGAAACUUGUUUUCACCUGGCCAUCACUGAGAAGACCUGCAGGGGGUUCUUGGUCAAAAUGGGUGGGAAAAUCAAAACCUGGAAGAAGCGCUGGUUCGUCUUUGACCGCAAUCGAAGGACGCUGGCAUAUUAUUCUGAUAAACAUGAGACUAAAAUGAAGGGUGUUAUCUAUUUCCAAGCCAUUGAAGAAGUGUAUUACGACCACCUAAAGAACGCACACAAGAGCCCAAACUCUUCCCUGACGUUUAGCGUGAAGACACAUGAACGGGUUUAUUACAUGGUGGCUCCUUCCCCAGAGGCCAUGAGAAUCUGGAUGGAUGUUAUCAUCACUGGAGCGGAGGGAUAUAUGCAUUUCCUGGUGUGAGCAGGACUCAUCUUUGUUUAACGACAUUUAACAAGCCCAAAGUGACCUUCACACUUCAGCUCGGCCUGAUAAUAGACUCAUUUUCCACGUCCACUGUUCUGAAGAGGUUACACUUUUGUGAUUCUCUUUUAUCAGUACUGAUUGUGACGAGAGCGUCGACUGUAUAUUUUGCAGUCGUCCAUGACCUAGUUUGGAAAAACUGGUGCUUUACCCACUGCAUCCUGUCGUGAGAUUACAGAGGCAGCUUUCAGACUUCAAAGGUACCAACUCUUGAAUUUUUCGCCCUGUUUUGUUCACUUCCGGGGUGAGACUUAGAACAGCUGUAAAUAAGAAAUCAGUCACUGGUCUUCACAUUUCACAAACGUGCCAACUCUUAAUGAAGCUGAAUAUACCUCAAAGAUUAACUGUUGUGGUUGUUAAAACGAAACACCAAAAACAAAGUGUUCCUUGUGUGCCAUACAGACUCUAACAAACAUCAGGGUAUUGUUCAGUACUGUUUUUAUAUCCAACAGUACUAAACAUGAAUUUAUAAACGUUUUUUCACGUAAUGUUUUUGUUGUUGUUGUUGUUAAUUGACCUUUGUAUCUCUGUACAAUUUAUAUUAUUCCCUCAUUUACCAAGUGCCUUACAUUUGUCAAUAUCUGAUGAGAAUAGUUAUAUAUUUAGCUAUAAGACUUGUAGAAUGACACAAACAGACUGUGGUUAUUUUAAGCGUUAUUUUGUAUCGACCAAUUGUGCCACCCUGAUGCUCAGGAACAUUCCAGAAGGAAGAAUUUCGCACCAAAGACGAGCUGAAUUUGUGUUUCAGCAUGACAUGAAUGUAAUAACUGACACCUAUCACAUAAGAUGCCAUCUUUAAUAGAUGAGGCUCUUAAUAAGUUAGCACAAAUGCGUAUUUUCAUAAUGUUUUUGAUUAGAAUCAUUGAUUUCUCGAUUGUUUGUUGUACUGCAAUUGACCAGCAGAGGGUUUUACUUUCAAUGAUAAUGAAAUGAUUACAGAAUUUAUUCACUGCAAGAAUCUCAUUUGACCCUUAAGUUGAAAUAUAAGAUGUUAAAAGUUUCGUUUUGUUACCACUGAACAAAUCUAUAUGCAUGUCUGAACUUAUUGUGUAUCUGAUAUGUUUUUUAUGUAGGAAUCACUAUAAUUUAAUUUAGAGUAAUAAUAAUACAGAAAUUAUAUGAAUAUUGAUGUCAAGAAGAAACGCCGUUGUUGUAUUAGGAAAAAAUGAAUGCACAGGUGCUAUCUGCCAGCAAAACGUUGUCUAGUUCAGUGGUUCUCAAGUGGUUUUGCUUCAGGAACCAGAUUUUCAGAUCUUUGACGUCAAUAAGAAAUGAUACGGGAAGUUUCUUACCUCCUUUUUAAAAAUUUGUACGCCUAUUUGUUUUCCCAUCCAAAUGAUGUGCAGUUUUAAUGCAUUUUAUUUGCAUGGUUUUUUUCCAUGCCGUCAUACCAGUUAAGAACCACUAAACUUUAAAGACCAAAUUGUCUUGCAUCAUUCGUGCAGUCAUGUCUGUCAUUCAGUCUCUUAAAUCACAGGGCAUCUUUUCUGGCAAAUACUUUCAACAAUUUAGGCUGUGAAAUGAAUUAAUUUUAGUUUACCAGGCAGUAGAUCAAUGCUGAUGUGCACUUUGAGACUAAACUGUUUUUUUAGAGAUGCUUUCUCAGCUUUCAUUCAGUAAACAAUACAGUACAUUAGAGGAUAAGCACAGCAAAGCGUUUUAUAGAUCACAAUAACAUAAGUACUUAUAUAAAAUGUAUCUUUUCUAUUCAGCGUUUAUCAGUACUUUUUAAACCAUUCAUAGUUUUUUAGAUGAAAGCGAUAUUUUUAUUGUAAGCAUGUUUUCUAGCUCAUUUAAAAUGUGAACCAUAAUAAAAUCAUAUGUACGAAUAAAGCAAGUA